UUUGACAAUGAGAUUCUUGAGUUUAACAAUGGAGUUACUCGUAAAGGAAGAGGAUCAAGAAAGUCGAGAACUUUCCCUACAGAACGCGAAAGACGAGUUCACUUCAAUGACCGUAUCUUCGAGUUAAAGAACCUCAUUCCAAAUCCCACAAAGGGAGGUAAAGCAUCCAUUGUUCAAGAUGGGAUCGUUUACAUCAACGAGUUACGCAGACUAGUUAGCGAGCUUAAGUCUUUGGUUGAGAAGAAGAGAUGUGGUGGAAGACACAAGAAUAUUGACAGUAGAAACACAAUUUAUGUGACUGGCGAGAUAGAGCAUCCGUUUUCAAAGAUGAGACUCAAUCAUGAUGAAGAAAACAUGGAGAAGAAGCCAGAGAGCGAUAUGAUAGAUCAAUGUUCAUGGCUAGAGAGGAAUUCAAAAGUAAUACAAGUUUAUGUUAGGGUUAUUGAUGAUGAAGUAACGAUCAAAGUCGUGCAGAAAAAGAAGAUCAACUGUUUGUUUUUUUGUCUCCAAAGUGCUUGAUCAGUAUCAUCUUGAUCUUCACCAUGUCGCUGGAGGACAUUUUGGCGAGCAUUACAGUUUCUUGCUCGAGACCAAGAUACACGAAGGAGAAGGGUCGACAAUAAAUGCAAGUGCAAUCGCAAAUAGAGUGAUUGAGGUUGUAGAUAAUUAAACAGUACUACAUGGCUGCUCUUCCAAGUUUCAAUCAAUAACUAUUAAUUAUUGUUAGGCUAAUUUCAUCAAUUUUUCGACGUUCCAUUUUAAAUUUUAUCCAUGUUUUUUCUGCAAUACUUAAAUAAACACUUAUUUUGUAGCCAAGGUUAAAUAAAGUAUGAUCUGGUUAAAAGUUUCUUUAGGACUAAAAACUGU